GACAUUGAUGGCAGUCUUGAAAUAGUUGCAGACGGUUUGUUUGUUGGAGUCGUGAAGUUCUUGGCGGCAGCUGGAACGCGAGAUGGCUUCACACAUUGGAAAGUGGAUCUAUCUCGAUUGGACCAAGGAACUGAAGGCAUGGUGUGCAGCCAAAGUCCUCUCUUUCAAACCUAGCACUCAAAUGCACGAAGUGCAGUUCACGGAUGGAGAAAGAGAAUGGGCUGACCUUACUGGAGAAGGAAGAAGGUGGACUGAAGAUGCGCCAAAGAAGGUGUGGAAGAACCAGGAGAAGAGGGCACGCCGGAUGGCCCGGGAGUACGGCAUCAAGCUGGAGAUGAGUGGGGCCCUGCUAGACGCGGCGGAGGAGCUGCUGGACAUGGAGGACCGCUUACCCAACCAGGGGGUUAAGAGCCAGCUGCCAAAGUUCUGGGAGAACCUGAGGAAGCAGAUCCUGCGGUGCAAGGUUCCAAAAGAGAUGGCUGCGGCCGCCUUCAAGUUUGCGUCGCAGAUCAAGGACACUGUGCUCAUGGACGACUGGCAGAGCAAGGCUGCGCAGUGGAAGGGGUUGGCCAAGCAGGCUGUCACAGAGGAGGACGUUGCCGCGGCCGUGCACCAGAUCAAGUACAAGAUGGUCAACUGGGCACAGUGUCGCGCCCUAUUUCCAAGCUUCAAUGAAUCCAAGCCGCAGGCCAAGAAGGCGGCAGCGACCCCAGCCAAGAAGGCGGAAGCAACCCCGGCCAAGAAGGCGGAGGCAACCCCAGUCAAAAAGCCGGGCAAGGGGCAUGUCACUGUGGCUAGCAGCUCGGCAUCGGGUGUUGCCGUGGAGUGCAACAAAAAGAAAGGGGAGUACCAGCCCCAGACCCACAUGAUUCUGUGCCUGUGUGCCGACUGCGCAGGUGCCGAGGAGAUGACCCCGCCUGCUUGGGAGCGCCAUGUGGGUUGUCGCACGCACAAUUGGACCAAGUCGAUUAAGCUGUGCAACACCGUGGGGAGGCUCCACGGCUGGAUCCAGGCGCGGCGCCAGUCAGACCCCCCCCUCGCCUUCCAUCAGAUGUCGCCCGAGGAGAAGUCUCCGUCGGCGGGCGCCCCUGCGCCGCGCGUGCUGCCCCAGUCCAAGGUGUCCCAGCUGCCCCCGCAGUCCGCCGCUCGGUUGCGGCAGCAGUCGAGCCACCCCGAUACGGGCCAGCUGUCGCCCAAGAGAAACACCAGGGGGAAGGCCAAAAGCGGGACGAGCGCCGGCAAACGGAAGUUGGAAAACGACGGGGCAGAGAGCAGCGACGCCGAGACCAGCUCUCCGGGGCGGCCCGCCAAGCGGACAGCACCGACGAGUCCUGCACACCAGGCAGGCGCGCGAUUGUCAUCGGAGCCCACCCGGGAAACGCCGCAGGCCAGGGAGGAGACGCCAGAUGAGGAAGGGGAGGGCGAGGACGCGCAGCUGACAUGUGUCGUCUGUGAUAUGUCGACGGACAGCCAUGACAUCCUGCAGUGCGACGGCGAGGACUGCGGCCGCGCAUUUCACAUAGUCUGCCUCACCCCGCAGCUCCUGCAAAUCCCGGACUGCGACUGGUUCUGCCCCGCCUGCCUCCCGAAACAGCUCGCAAGCACAGCCCCCUGCAGUACGGCAGCUGGCCGGGCCAUUGCUGGCAAAACCGCACGGGGGCUAGGCAGCCCCGCUGCUGCAAGCGAGGACCUCGAGAGCGGCCUCGGCUUCUUCCAGACGCUCUUCGACGAGGGGCCCGCCAACCACCCGCUUUUCGCUGAUACGGAGCCCCAAUGCAAAAGCCCAAAGGACCGACCAGAGAAGCUAGAGGAAUUGCUGGCCCCGCAGCCGCCCACGUCGACGUUUGUGCUGCCGGACGACAUGGAUGACGACGAUGCGCUGAUGGCGUUUACGGUGCCCGGCAGUGCAUAUGCUGCGAAGCUAGGAUAUUAAGCCGUUGUUUAGGUUGGCGACAAGCCCUAAUCUGGUGCGGAGAGGCUAUCGCGUCAUCGGCGAGGAGUCCCUACUCUAUCCAGCUCGACCACGACCACGUUCGGGUAUCAGUUCCGAGGUCAUCACAGCAGUAACCCAGAGCGAUUCAGACGGUUUCAUUGCGAAUUGAAACUUGCAGCUUCGAAGCUGCCACCAGCGCGGCUUGACGGCCCUCAGUGGAAUUUUGUCGUUGAUACAAUAUCUUGGACCGCGUGCGAUUCAGUCCCGGACGUACUGGAACCGUCACUGUCCAAAGAUAUCAUUGUAUAAAGCAGCAUGAGAUUUAACGACUUUUUGCGCGAGGAUUGCAAGAUUCACACAUUUAGAGCUCUAUACAUAUCUCUAUUCGAAAAACUGUUUUUCUUCGUGACAUCCGAGUUGCGAGAGCUAGCACCUGUGCCACAUGUUGGGGCUCUCGACUGCUAGCUCCUUGGCACGCUGUUGAGCCCGCUAGCUAGCUUUGAAUUAUUCGCUCUCAUACUUUGCCACCGUAAGUUAAUCAUAAGUUAAUGAUCACUAGCUAGUAAGAAUAUGACAAUAAUGAUACACAAAGCAAUUUGCGUUGGCCAAGCCAACUCAACGUCACUGAGAAGUGAGUAAAAAC